AUGGCCAUUGACCACACCUCCAUUUCAGUCCCCGAGGACAAGUUCAAGGAGUGCGUGGCGCUUUACGUCAAGGCCCUCGAACCACUUGGAUACGAAAUCGCCUAUCAGUUUGGAGAGUACACCGUUGGAUUUGGUUCAAAGCUCGACGCCCGAGAGGGCUAUAAAGUUGCUGACUUUUGGGCAAAGGGAGCCAAGGAGGAAACCACCAAGGCGCACAUUGCGUUCCGCGCUUCAGACCGAGCUGCGGUAGACGCGUUCCACGCCGCAGCGGUUUCGGCUGGGGGGCAAGAUAAUGGAGCACCUGGCGUGCGAGCGCAUUAUCACGCCAACUACUAUGCUGCCUUUGUGCUGGAUGCAGCAGGCAACAACAUUGAAGUUGUGUGCCACAACCCAUAG